UCGUCGCCGAGCUUUUCUCUACAAAAACAAAUAAUACAAUUCUUCUAUUGCAUAGCUGAAAUUAUAUGCGCAUUAUUCAAAUAAAUAAAUAUAUAAAUAAAUAAAUGCCACUUAAAAACAACGCGUUCUCUGUGUUCUGUUCUGUUCUGUUCUCUAAAGUAACUUAUUCCCUCCUCUUUUUUCUCUCUCUGUCCCUGCUUCUGAUUCUGUCUUUCUUACAACCCAAUUCACUUCCAUCACUCUCACCUUUCUUCUUGUUCGCUUCUGGGGGGGUUUUUGGUUUUUGAGAAUUAUUUGGUAGAGAGAGAAAAGGAAGAUUGCUGCUUGAAUUUGGGAAGUGGGAUUUGGGGAGGCUUGCAUUUGUUUGUUAAUGGAAAGGAAUUAUGGAGGUGGCUGUGAUGGGGAAGGGAAUUGUGGAUACGAGAAUGGGGUGAUGAUGACAAGAGACCCCAAACCAAGGCUAAGGUGGACGCCUGAUCUUCAUGACAGAUUUGUAGAUGCUGUCACUAAACUUGGUGGCCCUGACAAAGCAACUCCCAAGUCUGUCUUGAGGCUAAUGGGCUUGAAGGGAUUAACAUUGUACCACUUGAAAAGCCAUUUGCAGAAGUACAGGCUUGGACAGCAUGCUCGGAAACAAAACUCUGGAGAAGAACACAACAGAGAGAAUAAUCGGGAUUCAUAUGUACAUUUCAGUAAUCAUCAUUCAACAGGUUCGAGCGCCAAAUCGUCGAGAGGUGGUAAUGCCGAACAAGGAACACUUCCAUUUUCUGAGGCACUCAAGUGUCAGAUUGAAGUACAAAACAGAUUGCAAGAGCAGCUUGAGGUUCAGAAGAAGUUGCAGAUGAGAAUAGAAGCCCAAGGCAAGUACUUGCAAGCCAUAUUGGAGAAGGCCCAAAAGGGCCUCUCCCUAGACAUGAAGGGGCCCACUACUAUAGAAGCUACAAGAGCCCAAUUAACUGACUUCAAUUUGGCUCUAUCAAAUUUUAUGGAGAAUAUAAAUGAGGAGGACAGAAGAGGAAAGAGCAAUGGUUCAACUUUUGAGAUUUAUGAAGAGGGAAAUACAGAAGAACAUAAAGAUGCAAAGCUUAAGGUUGAGAGGGGCUCUAUAAAUUUUGACUUAAAUACUAAAGGGAGCUUUGAUUAUGUUGGUUCAAAUGCAGGUGAUUUCGAACCGAGAUGCUUUCGUUUACUAGAUACUACACUUUGAUGACAAACACUCAACACUUUGCUUAUGUUCACAUUCUAUUCAAAAGAAGAGGCUGCUAAGUGCUAUAUUUGUUGCCAAAAAGGAAAAAAAAAAAAAAAGCUGUCUUUUGUUGAGUUCUCAUUGUUUAUGAGUUCUUUCAACUUUCUUUUUUCUGUGGUUAAAAGAUGCAUGUGUUAUUAUUGAUCACAAUAUCAUCCGAUUAUAAAUUAGAUUACUAUUAUUCAGAAUCUCCCCAGACACUUAAUUUACAUCACUCGUAUAGUUAGAGAAAUAUAAUGUGUUCUAAUUAAUUUUA